CAUAAUGGACACCGGAAACCCUAAUACGGGAGAAUCAAGCGCGCCAUUGGUGGCAAACAACGGUUUGAGAAAUGACCGUCUUAUCCCCCAGUUAUUUCCCUCCGUUCCAGCUAUCAAUGAAGCUGCUUCUUAUCUGGUGGAGAAGACCUCAUUGUUAACCAGCUGUUUCUCUGAUUAUUCUGUGGAGCCUUCAUACGAGGAUCCUGAUCAACAGGAAAUGGUUACAAUUGUUUCUGAAGAAUCCCAUAGAUCUCUUGCUCACACCGAUACGUCUCCAAGUGGAAGUCUUUCAGUUUUUUCUGGAUCAUGUAAUAUAGCAAUUGAUGCUCCUCCUACACAUGAUGGAAUAACAAGAAGUUCAGCAGGAGAUUUAUCUCAAAAUGCUAGUACGCUUGUGCAAUCAACUCCUUCCAGCCAAAAUGGCAUUUCUCUUUUCCAAGGCCUCAUUGAACGGGCACGAAGGACUGUUCGUGGGUCCGCAGAUGACAUAGGAUGGUUACAACGUGCUUCAGAAAUGCCUCCAGUUGAAGAUGGAACAGAGAGGUUUAUUGAAAUACUUGAUGAUAUUAGGCAUGGUCUACACAAAUUGCCAAAUUCGGUGGUUUAUUUGUUGGUUCCAGGACUUUUCAGUAACCAUGGUCCACUUUACUUUAUUAAUACAAAAACAAGCUUCUCCAAGAUGGGUCUGGCCUGUCAUAUUGCCAAGAUUCACAGCGAGGCUUCAGUUGCAAAAAAUGCUAGAGAGAUAAAAGAGUACAUUGAGGAAAUCUAUUGGGGUUCCCAGAAACGUGUCCUGCUUCUUGGACAUAGCAAAGGUGGAGUAGAUGCAGCUGCUGCUUUAUCCAUGUACUGGGCUGAUUUGAAAGAUAAAGUUGCUGGGUUGGCAUUAGCUCAGAGUCCAUAUGGUGGUAGUCCAAUUGCUUCAGAUAUACUGAGAGAGGGACAGCUUGGUGAUUAUGUUAAUGUACGGAAACUCAUGGAGAUCCUGAUCUGUAAAGUAAUUAAGGGUGACAUGCAAGCUCUAGAAGAUCUGACUUAUGAGAAGAGGAAAGAAUUCCUGAGCAAAAACCCUUUGCCACGAGAACUCCCUGUUGUUUCAUGUCAUACAGAAGCCAGCAUUUCUCCUGCAGUUUUGGCCACGUUAUCUCGAGUUGCACAUGCAGAAGUACCCAUGGUUGCCCCACUAUCUGCAGGCCAACCUGCAAAACUCCCCGUGGUGAUGCCCCUUGGUGCUGCAAUGGCUGCAUGUGCCCAGCUACUUCAGGUCAGGUACGGCGAGAAGAGUGACGGGCUUGUAACUCGUCGGGAUGCAGAAGUCCCUGGCUCUGUUGUCGUGAGGCCACAGCGUAAACUCGAUCAUGCUUGGAUGGUCUAUUCAUCAUUGAAUGAUGACCCUUCUGAAGCAGAUGCAUCUCAAGUCUGUGAGGCUCUUCUGACAUUGCUUGUUGAAGUUGGACAGAAAAAAAGACAUGAACUUGCCAAGAAAGAUGAAUGAGGCCAAAUAUAAUCCCACUUUUCGUUUUGUAAUAAUGAGGCCAAUAUAAUUCACUUUUCAUUUUGUAACCAGGAUCCAACACAAUAAUAGAAUUGUUCAGUCUUAGAUUUUUUAUUUCAAAUCUUAUAUAUCUAGAUAAGUAUGUAUCUAUCCAAAAUAUAUGCAAUUAGGAUCUUUGUAUUCGGCUCAAUCCUUUUAGUAAAAGAUUGGGCCGAGUUUAAUUGCAAUUCACCAAUAUAAUUCACUUUUAAUUUUGUAA